AAACCUGUUUGAUUUAUAAUAAUUCUUUAUCUCAUCUCCUUUCAGAAUUUUGAUUGACCCGACUUGAUCCACUGAGUUAGCAAACAUGGACGCCGCAACUGAAUCUGUUCUCUACAACCUCGCGGACAAAUUGCGAAUUCUGAGCAUUCAAUGUACGAGUCUGAAUCCCGCUGGAAACAGUGGCCACCCGACGACAUGUGCGAGCUGUGCCGAAAUUAUGUCUAUUCUCUUUUUCCACCAUAUGAAAUACGACAAGGAUCAGAAACGAGAUUUCAGCAGUGACCGCUUUGUGCUCUCAAAAGGUCACGCAGCUCCUAUUCUUUAUGCGGCAUGGGCUGUAGUUGAUGACGCCAAAGCGAAUGGAGGUGCUCUGAAGCUACGAGAAACUGGCAAAGCGCAAACUGAAUUGGUUGAGCAUCUCAGAGAAACCGGUCACGUGCUGGAAGGUCAUCCUACUCCCAAGAUUGAUUUUGUAGAUGUUGCGACCGGAUCUCUCGGCCAGGGUAUUAAUUGUGCCGCAGGAAUGGCAUACGUCGGCAAGUAUUUCGAUAAAGCAUCCUACAAAACAUUCUGUUUGCUCGGAGACGGAGAGACGGCAGAGGGUUCUAUUUAUGAGGCUAUGGCUUUUGCUGGGUUCUACAAACUGAACAAUCUAGUGGCCAUUAUUGACUUGAACCGGUUAGGACAAAGUGAUCCUACCAUGUACCAACAUGAUGUGAAUGUUGUCGCUACUAGAUGGGAAUCUUUUGGUUGGAAGGCAAUCAUUCUUGACGGACAUAGCAUUCCAGCGUUGAAUGACGCAUUGAAGGCAGCUGAUUGUUCUGACAAACCUACAGUUUUGGUGUGCAAGACGUACAAAGGUCGAGGAUUUGAAAAUGUGGAAGACAAACUGAACUGGCAUGGAAAACCUCUGAGUGAGCCUCAGAACUUUGUGAACACUUUGCUGGCAAAGCUACCUGAAGGUCCAGUGACUCUUCCCAAAUCUCCAGCGGUUGUUACCGAUGCACCGGUUGUUAGUCUGGCUAAUGUAGACUUUGCAAAGAAUCCGAUUCCAGAAGGCACGACUAAGAUGUCGACUAGAAAGGCGUACGGAAUAUCGCUGGCGGCGCUGAAUAAUGACCGAGUUGUUGCGUUGGACGGUGAUGUCAAGAACUCGACUUUCUCGAUUGACUUUAUGAAAGCUUUCCCCGAGCGAUUCGUGGAGUGUUAUAUUGCAGAACAGAACCUAGUGGGAGCUGCUAUUGGCAUGGCAUGUCGAGACAGAACAAUUGCGUUUGCGAGUACUUUUGCGGCGUUCUUCAGUCGAGCGUAUGAUCACAUUCGAAUGGGAGCUAUUUCGCAGUCUAAUGUCAAUCUUGUUGGAAGCCAUUGUGGGAUUUCUAUCGGACCAGAUGGACCAAGUCAAAUGGCACUGGAGGAUCUUGCUAUGUUCAGAGCUAUUCCCACGUGUACGGUGUUUUACCCUUCAGAUGCGGUUUCGGCAGCCCAUGCAGUGAAGCUGGCGGCAAAUACUAAAGGCAUGUGUUUCAUCAGAACGACUCGAGAGGAUACUCCAAUUUUAUAUUCGGGAUCCGAAGGCUUCGCUGUUGGCAAGUCAAUUGUAGUGAAGCAAAGUCCCACUGACAAGGUCGUAGUGAUCGGCGCUGGAAUUACUCUAGUUGAAGCUCUGAAAGCGCAUGCAAAACUUGCAGCCGAGGGAGUGAAUAUUAGAGUGAUCGACUUGUUCAGUGUGAAACCGUUGGACAAAGCAACAAUUCUGGAAUCGGCGAAAGCAUGCGGUGGUAAAAUCAUAACAGUUGAGGACCAUUAUCCGGAGGGGGGAAUCGGAGAGGCGGUUGCGGGUGCAAUGGCCGAGGAGACUGGAAUUGUUGUGAGACGAAUGGCUGUGGACCACAUGCCCUACAGUGGGAAGAGUUCGGACUUGCUGGAUUUGUUCAACAUCAACAGCCGCGCUAUAAUUGAGACAGUAAAAGCCAUGUGAUUAAUUAAUAAGUAUUGGACUACUUCAACUGCGAUUUGAAUUGCAGUUGCGAUGAAAAGUGAUUAUAUUAAACCUUUGUAUAUUUAAACUGAACUUAUAAGAUUUCCACUGAAGUGAAAGGAAUCACUGAUCAUAGAUUUGUAUAUCGGACUCUUUUUUAAAAUCCGAAAUUGGGCCUUUUA